CGAAUCUCUUCUGCCAGAGCUGUGUGGUCAAUAAGCUGUGCAUGACGUCAAGACACAGGCUCACUUAUCCCAAACCUCAACAUUAAUACUUCAAUCACUUUCACAGUUGAACAACACCACAAUCACAAGUUCUCUCCGACUCUUUCCGUUCUGAACGGCUCUGCAUCACCGCCCGACACCGAAUAGCUCCGUCAAGAUGGUCAAAGACAGCGAAACUGUGAUCGAAGAAUUCAACACUCUAGUAAACAUGUCAGCCAGCGAUCUCGAGACCUGGCUCAAGUCCGACGAUUCCACCUCCUCUGGCUGGUCCAAAGAUGAUGGCAGCGGAGAGAGUAUUGGGCACGAAUCUGGGCGAAAGAUCAUCGAGAUCCUGAAGAAGAAUCCUGGAAGGGAUCCAGAGGGGUAUGAUGAAGAGGAUGUAGCGCACAUGCGUCGCGUCGUCGCGUACUGUAAACGCCAUCUGGCGCAAGAGGAGACGGCGAAGAAGGAUACCAGCAGCAAAUCCUACAGGAGCUUGAAGAACUGGGGCCACGAUGCGCAGAAAUCCUAAACCCCCUUCCCCUCCUCCAUGCUUGCCGUAGAGCAAAGAAAGAUUCGUUUAGAACGUAGAAUAAAGUAUAGAAAUGGGACGCCUUCGAAAACCGAACUUCUU